AACAAGGAGAGAGAGAGGGCUCCCAGUAGAAUGUUGAUUAGAGGAGUGGGGCGAGGGAGCACCACCAGCAGAGAGAGAGAGGGAGAUUAAGGAAGAGAGAAAUGGAGAAUGUUUAAUCAUUUCUUCUCUGUCGUGAACUCUUGAAGUGUGGGUAACUGUGGAACACUGAGAACACUGCUACAUUAGCUCUAGAACCUUCUCUACAGGGUUCCUCAGCUGCAGAACAGCAGCAUGACUUCCUGCUUCCUGUUCCUCAGCUGCAGAACAGAAGCAUGACUUCCUGCUUCCUGUUCCUCAGCUGCAGAACAGAAGCAUGACUUCCUGCUUCCUGUUCCUCAGCUGCAGAACAGCAGCAUGACUUCCUGCUUCCUGUUCCUCAACUGCAGAACAGCAGCAUGACUUCCUGCUUCCUGUUCCUCAGCUGCAGAACAGCAGCAUGACUUCCUGCUUCCUGUUCCUCAGGUACAUUACUGGGAGAGGGAGCGUCAGAACCAGACUGAGAAGGUGCAGGUGGUGUUCGUCCCAGAGACCAGCCUGCGCCUGGGCAACCUGACUAGCUACACAGCCCACCUGGUCACCCUCACCGCCUUCACCACAGCCGGGGACGGGCCCGCCAGCGAGCCCCAGGGGGCUAGGACCCUGCAGACAGCCCCCAGCCAGCCCAGCUUCCUGUCCUUCUCCGAGGUGACAGGAUGGAGUGCCAAUGUGUCCUGGGGGGCUCCAGCCUCCCCCAAUGGCUGCUGGAGGGGUACAGGGUGGUGUACCAGCCCUCAGCUCCUGUCCACGGGGUGACCAGGCAGGUGACGGUGGAUGUGAAGGGCAGCUGGCAGCGUUGGCUGCAGGUGAGAGAGCUGAGCAGAGGCGUGGCCUACAGCUUCAGCAUCCAGGCUCGGACCGUUAACUACGGCCCCCCCCUCCUCGCCAACCUCACCUCCCAGCCUCUCAACGGCACCCCUGGUUCGCCCCUGGAGAUGUCAAUCACCAGGACCUCCUCAGCUCUCACCAUCCACUGGUUGGAGGGCAAUGCGGGGGGCGGGACCUAUCAUAGGUUAUGUCAUUGAGGCACGCCCCUCAGAUGAGGGGGUGUGGGACUCCUUCGUAAGGCUCCUCCCCCCUAGCAGCAGGACUGUUUCCGUGGCGAUGGACCGGCUGAGAUCAGGAGUCGGAUACGAGUUUCGUGUCAUUGCUGUCAAUCGCUACGGUUACGGAGAGCCCAGCUCACCCUCCGCCGCCC